CGUCUGUGUUCCAAGGAAAAGUCAUGGAAGGAACGUGUUGCGGGAACUGAGUGAGACUGUGUGAAUCCCAUUGAUACAUUUAAAUAAGGACAACAUGUCAGUGGCCGAAUUUCCUUCGCCACCUCUGGUGCCAAAACCAUCGCCGAGAAGAACCCCUGGCAGCCGUAACCUAGUACCAAAUGGAGACGAAAGUACAGAACUUACUAACCAAUAUACAGCUGUGGAGAGAUACCAGCAUAUGCUCACAUCCCAACAGGAUGAGUUUAUCCCAGAUGAAAUUCUGCAAGUGCUCACUUCUACAGCCAAUACCGCAGAGAGAUCUGACUUGGCGAUUGGGAAAAAAAACAACCCUAUUAAAAAUGGAAAGGGCGGCCUCCGUUCGAUAGACCCAGUUUGGCACCAUCCGCUACGCAGGAGCAGGUUUAAGCAUCUAACAGACCAGCCCAUUUGUUUGACAGGAGCAGGACGGGACAUCUCAUUUCUCUGCGAUGCGUUACUUCUGGAAAAGAAGAAAAAAGCUGUUUCUUCUCAUCAUGCUGGUACCCUGAGUAAUGAAAUCUCGCUUCAGUCUACCGAAGGGGGUGUCGAGGAGAGCCUUAUCCCAAAAGAGUUUUAUGUUGUCAAGAACAAAGGGGUUCUGGGACUGGAGUAUUAUGAGGACAAAUAUACAACUCUUCUUGAAGAUGAUGAGAAGAAGCUUCGUCUGUUCCCUUCUAUGAAGCCUAGUGGAAGAGCCGAGGUUCUUCAGCUAAUGAAAGUGAUGGACACUAUGCUGAAAGAUGCAGGGGUAGAUGAGGAAAACUUAAAUCUGGACGGCCCCACUCAGAUUCAUAACUUAAUGGAAUUGCUGAAAACUGAGCAGAAUAUAUACAAUAUAGUGUUUCAUGAGCUUAUCCGUCAGGUCAGCGUGGAAUGCGUGGAGAGAGGAGAGUUGCUUGCCAAGCUCAGACAGCGAUAUGUGACGCUACUAGACAAAAUUCCACGCCAGGUGUUGAGCCUCCACAAUGAUCUUGUGGCUCAGCGCGCACUGGACAGAUGUUUAACAGAGGAAAUCAUUCACUUCAGGAACGCCAUCGGAGAGUUAACAAAUGAGUUGUACAUGGUGAGAGAACACGAUCUGCGAGUAAGCAGAGAUGCAAAGCUUGCCCAAGAGGAACUGGCAAGAGCUUUAAAAGAAGCGAAGAAGAAUGCAAAUCUUCUGCAAGAGUACCGUGAGCUGUACGAGUUACAAAGGAGUCGUCUUGAGACCCAACUGGGUCAUUUAACAGAAGAGAGGGAUCUCUGGAGCUCUGCUACAUACAGAUUAGCAAGAAAGGUAAUUGAAGCAAAUGAGCUGCAGUUGGCCCGUAGGCUUUACCUUAGUGAGAAUUCCUGGACAAAAGUCAUCAGACAUUUCAUUGUGCUUCUGGCUUCCAAGGACACAACUGACCUGUCCAGAAUCCAGCAGACAACAGAGAAAUGGCGGGAACAUAUGAUUCACUUUGAACAGGAUAUAGAGCGCAAUGAAGAGUCAAGUCGUGAAAAACUAAGGCGUAUUCGCAGUGAACUGGAGAAGUGGCAGCUGCAUUUCCAGGAAAACAUCUUUGUGGGCCAGUUGUACCAAACAGUUCCUGAUGAAGUGGCGCUUGAUAUUUUGAAGGACAUUAAGAUCUGGGAAAAUAUGCUGACUGAAGAACUGCAGCGGUUUGAAGGAGAUCUACUCCUGGGAAAUCGAGAUUCUCUGAAAACUGCAUCUGAUAUUCAUAAGCGAUGGGUUGAACUUGCAGAGAGAGUUCUUAGAAGACACCGAAGAAUGAACGGGGAGUUGGCCCCAGAGCACAAAGCCAUGGAAGAUAUGAACCAGAGCAUUAGUCAGUUGUACGAGCAAUAUGCCAGGAGAAUCGAGGGUGAAAAUGGUGUUGCCAAAUCGCUGAUGACAUUUUUUGACAACUUAACAAGCUGGUCUUUGACUAUGCAUGUCCUUAAGGAUACUCCUCAUCGAAUAAAAGAAUCGGAUUGGUUUUUGUUCUACCAGCUUAUUCCUGAUUGGAUCGCACUAGCAGACAAAACAAUAGGGUUUAUCGGAAGUCCUCAGUCAGAAGGAAGGACCUGCUUGGAUACAGUGGAAAAAGUGCGACCACAAGAUAUCUACAAAAUGGUACAGCAGUGGGUUCUGGCAACAACACAUGGAACUGAGAGAGAUGAUGCGCACCUCACCCAUGAAGCCAGCAGUCUUCAUACCGCUAUGGUCCAGUUCAUGGUAAACAUGCUGAUUCUUAUGUCUCCUGAUUACUCUUCCAAACCUUCUGAGCUAAUGUUUGCAACUCAGUUUGAGGAGGAAGUUGAUGAGAUUACAGGUCAAAAAGUGCAAGAAGAAGCAUUAAGUCUGGCUGAGAAAGUGAGCAGCUUCUCCAACUACAUAAUAAGAUGUUGCCAAGAGAUGGCGGAGAGCAUUUCUAGAGAGAAAUCAUCCCUGGCAGACGAGGACCCUGAUAAUGAAUUGAGGGAACUUCAGUCAGUUAAGAAUUCAUGUAACGAAUGGAUUGAAACAUGUCAGCUGAUUCUUUCCGAUGCUACAGGAUAUUUAAUGCCAUCCCUUGCUUCACUAGGAUUAAGCAUCAGUAAUGGUCCCGAGGAAGGCUCUCCUUUAGCAACUGGUAACGAGGCGCAACAGCACACCGCUGCGCAGUCAGAGUACAGGUCAAGUAAAAAAGCAACAGCUGAGUUCCAUCCACAGAAGCAAGAUAGUGCUGAAUUCCUUGCAGAAGACUACAUCAUUCAUAAGAAGCCCAGUGAAGAAGAAAACGCCCCUCUAUCACCCCAAGAUCAAAAAAUACUAUCUAGUAAACAGAAUUUACUGGAGAAGAAGACGCCUGAGUCAGAUGUCAUGAUGAUCAUAGGUCAUGAUGGUAACAUUCAUAACAAGUCCUUGAAAGGAGAGGAGAUCCCUGUUUCUUCUGAGGGGUUCCUGACUGGUAGCAGGCCUGACACCCCUAAGUCCUUGCAGGCUUUUGAAUACUUGACGUCAUUGGAACAAUUGCAGAACCGCCUCCUGUUAGCAGAGCAGAGAGCUCAGCACGCUGAGGAAAGGUCAGAGAAUUUGGAUGAGCAAUUAAAAGCCGCUUUACAAAAGAUACAGGAGUUGGAGAAAAUGAAGCAAAGAGAUGAAAGCAACAAAAUACUUGAGGACUCAUCCAGUGAAGUACAAACAACAGCAGAAGAGAUCGUGUCUAAACCUACAGUGAAAAAGGCCCCAAAGUCUGCAAAAUCUAAAAAGAUGAAAUAAGAAGCAUUUAGCUGGGGUGUAAUUACAGCAUUAUUUUCGCAAGACUUUGUGAAGUUUUUAUACAGACUGUAUUUUCAUUAUUGUAAUAGAUUGCAUAAAGGUGUAAUUAAGA